GUUUUUGUCCUCCUCUUGGGGUUCAGAAGUCCCUUGCUGGUUCCCUGUAUCCUCAAAGGGAUGAUUAUAGGCAGAUCCCACCAGCCAGAGAUGCCUGGAGUCUUGUCUCCCCAGACUGGCUGUUCCCAGUUGCAGGGAAGCUGUUACUCCGCCGCCAUCUUUAAUCUCUCUCAAUACUAUGAUUUCUUUCUUUUUUCUUUCAUUUUAGUGAUGGAGUGCCCAGCGAUGGAAACUGGCUCACUUUUUUCCACAGGAAUUAAGAGACAUGUGAAAGACAAAAGAAAUUCAAAGACUGCUAAGUUGAAUGUUUCUCUUGCUUCAAAAAUUAAAACAAAAAUACUAAACAAUUCGUCUAUUUUCAAAAUCUCUUUAAAGCACAACAACAGGGCAUUAGCUCAGGCUCUUAGUAGAGAAAAAGAGAAUACUCGAAGAAUUACAACUGAAAAAAUGCUAUUGCAAAAAGAAGUGGAGAAACUAAAUUUCGAGAACACAUUUCUUCGCCUGAAACUAAAUAACUUGAAUAAGAAGCUUAUAGAAAUAGAAGCUCUCAUGAAUAAUAAUUUGAUAACUGCCAUUGAAAUGAGCAGUCUUUCUGAGUUCCAUCAGAAUUCCUUUCAACUGCCAGCCAGUGAGAAGAAACGAAUUAGUAAAUGGUGCACAUCGAUGCGUCUUCCAUUUGCAAGAGUCCCAUUAACUUCAAGUGACGAUGAUGAUGACAAUGAUGACAAAGAGAAUAUACAUUGUGACAACAUUAUUAAAUCAAAGACAUCAUCUGAUAGUCCCUCUCUAGUAUCAACAGUACUACCUUUAUCAACUCAAUAUAAUUUGGAAAUGUCAUCUCUUAAAGAAAAUAAUCAAAAUGUGUGUGGUUUAAGUGAUUCAGAAUAUACUCCUUCUACUGUUGAUGUACUUUCCAAAGAGAGCCAUUAUCACUCAGACCAAAGUUCCAAGAGUUCUCUGAUGAAUGAGAUAAGAAAUGCCUCAUCUAUUGGGCACAGAUGGGACAGACCAUCUCCUAGUAAUGUGACUGAAAGAAAGAAGCGUGGGUCAUCUCAGGAGUCAAAUAAUCUCUCUGCAGACACUCCCCAUGUGAUAGGUUUAGAUCAACAACAGAUCUCAAAUUCAGAAUUAAAUUGGAAUAAUGAGAUAAACGAUUGUAUUAAAGAAAAGAAUAUUACAACGCAAAGAAAUAGACAGCAUCUUCUCGGCUUAUGUUCUGAGUCUGUUGAUGAACGUAAUGCUGAGUACAGGAAUCCAGUUCAGGACAAUGAUGACUUUCAAUUACAGAAAACUGUGUAUGAUGCUGACAUGGAUUUAACUGCCAGCGAAGUAAGUAAAAUCGUGACAGUUUCAACAGGCACUAAAAAUAAAAGUAGCAAUGAAACAAAGGAAGGUGCAAUGAAAACUUUCAGAAAAGUGAAAGAUUCAAGCUCUGAAAAAAGGAAAGAAAGAUCAAAGAGACAAUUUGAAAAUAGUUGUGAUGUGGAUAUAGAUAAAAAGAUUGAAAAUGGACUUGAAAGAAGAUCUGUUGUCCUGGAUGACAAAAGGGAUUCAGAAGAUCCAGAUUUUAUUUUCAGUACAGAACAACUGACCCAGGCUGACAUCCUGAAGAAAAUAACCCUUCGUAAUGAAUUUCAUCAAGAUGACAGACAAAAUACACAGUGUAAUAAAAAGAAGAAAAGAAUACAUGCAAUCAAUAUGCCAGAAAAAGCACACUCCUCCCAAAGUUCAGAUAAAUUCCAGCAGGAGAGUAAAUUUGAUAUGGGUCAGAAUUCCCUAACUUGUAAUAAAAGUAAGGCUUCUAGACAAACAUUUAUGAUUCAUAAGUUAGAAAAAGAUAACUUAUUCCUAAACCAAAGGGAUGAAGUAACCAUUUCUGAAAAUCUGGAAGUUACAAAUGAAUUUCAGACGGCAAAUGUUUUCAUCAAAGAUAAUGGAAAUUUAUGUGACUAUGAGACCCAGAAUAGGUUGGAUUCGAAUGAGUAUGUCACUGAUAUGCAACCUCCUGAGCAAAAUGAAUCAAAAAUAAAUAAGCUUAGGAAGACAAUAAAUCGGAGGACAGAAGUAAUUUUUGGAAUGAACCAAAUAUAUGAGGAUAAUGAUAAAGAUGUGUAUGGCCUAAAAGAAGGUAAUGUUUUCUUCCAGAAGGAUAAAGAAACUAUCUCUGGAAACCCAGAAGCUGCAGAUAAGUUUCUAAUCCCUUCUCUCUUCACCAGAGAUAAUGGAAACCUAUAUAAUUGUGAGACCCAGAAUACAUUGAGUUUGCAAAAACAGAUUGCUGAUGUAUACCCUGUUCAGCAAAAUGAAUCAAGAGUUAAUAAGCUUAGGCAGAAAAUAAAUCGGAAGACAGAAAUAAUUUCUAAAAUAAAUAAUUUAGAUAGUAACAAAAGUGAGUAUUGUCCAGUAAAGGGUAACUCUUUCUUUCCAACCCCAAAAGGUAAAGAGAUCAUCCCUGGAAAACUAGAAGACUCGAGAGGGUUUCAAGCACCUAUUCUUUCUACCAAAGUUAAUGGAAACCUAUGUGAUUAUGAGACUCAAAAUGUUUUGGGAGCAAAAAAAGAUGUCCAUAUUAUGCAGUCUGCUUGUCAGAAUGAGCCAAGAGUAGAUAAGAAGCUUAAACAAAGGGUGUUGCGAAAAACAGAAAUAAUUUCUGAAAUCAAUCAAGUACACGAGAAUGAUGACAGAGGUGUGCAUGACCUAGGAAAAGGUAACUUCUUUUCUCCAACCCCAAAUGAUAAAGGAACCAUUUCUGAAAAUCUGCAAGUCACUAGGGAAUUUCAGACAGCUGAUCUUCCUACGAAAGAUAGAGGAAAUUCAUGUUAUUACGAAAACCAGAAUAUAUUGGAGUUGAAAAAGCAUGUCACUGAUACACAAUCUGCUGAACAAAAUGAACCAAAAGUUAAGAAGCUUAGACAGAAAGUAAAUCGGAAGACAGAAAUAAUUUCUCAAGUGAAUCAUUUAGAUAACAAAAGUGAGUAUUGUCCAAUAAAGGGUAACUCUUUCUUUCCAACCCCAAAAGGUAAAGAGAUCAUCCCUGGAAACCUAGAAGACCCAAGAGGGUUUCAAGCAACUGUUCUCUCUACCAAAGUUAAUGGAAACCUAUGUGAUUAUGAAACUCAAAAUGUUUUGGGGGCAAAAAAACAUGUCCAUGAUAUGCAGUCUGCUUGUCAGAAUGAGCCAAGAAUAGAUAAGAAGCUUAAACAAAGGAUGUUGCGAAAAACAGAAAUAAUUUCUGAAAUCAGUCAAAUACAUGAGAGUGAUGAAAGAGGUGUGCAUGACCUAGGAAAAGUUAACUUCUUUUCUCCAACCCCAAAUGAUAAAGGAACCAUUUCUGAAAAUCUGCAAGUCACAAGGGAAUUUCAGACAGCUGAUCUUCCUAUUAAAGAUAAUGGAAAUUUAUGUCAUUAUGAAAGCCAGAAUAUAUUGGAGUUAAAAAAGCAUGUCACUGAUAGACAACCUGCUGAACAAAAUGAACCAAAAGUUAAUAAGAAGCUUAGGCAGAAAGUAGAUCGGAAGACCAAAGUAAUUUCUGAAAUUAACCAAAUAUCUGAGAAGAAUGAUAAAGGUACGCAUGGCCAAGAAAGCUAUACAGAAGAUCUAGAAUUUAAAAUAAGUAAACCUAAACAAAGACUUGAAUGCCAUGCAAUUAUCAGUGGAUACUCUGUGGAAAUCAAUAGUAAUGAAAAGCAAAGUUGUGAUCAAAUUUCAAAUUCUUACAAACCAGUUAAAAAAUGUAAGAAAGAAUCAUCAGGCAAGGCAAAGAACAUUUUGACAAAAGGUAAGAACAAACCUAUUUUGCAGUUAACAGAUUCUUCAGAGAUAGCAUUCUUUUUAGAACCUGAUUUAAAACAUGUUGUUAAAGAAGUGGAUUCUGAUCUAGGAAACCCAGUUGAAUUACAUAAAACUCAGAAACAGAGCACCAUACCUCUGAAUAAUAAAAGAGAAACCCACUUUGUGGAAAUGACAACAGAAGGAGAGUGCCAGGUCAUAAAAGUAAAUAAAAAGAUAUCCAAAUCCAAAAAAAGGAAGACCUCCACAGACCCUUCUCCAGAGAGUCAUGAAGUAAUACUUACCACCACUCGGAGAAAAUCUGUUCACUCUGAUCAAGCCGAUAAGGAAAACAAUGUGGAAAAUGAGAAAAUGGUCAAAAUGAAGCCAGACUUGUGCACUAAGAUGUUUAAAUCUCCAUCUCCCAUACAUUCACCUCCCACACAAGAUUCUUCCUUUGACAGUGUUGAGGAAGGUUCAGUACCUUUCAGAAUUUCUUCUGGCAGAAAUCUGAUAAUAAAGGAGAGUUUUGACCUCGACUGCUCAACGGUCUUUCUAGUGAGUGAUGUCAUGCAUGAGGAGACAAACAAGAUGAAACGUAACACCAACCAGAGAGCACGCAAAUCAGGAACAGGCGAUAGACCAUUACAGGAUUUGACAAAUACCACGUUGAUUUCAAAUAACACAGCUGAAUCUGAAAAUAAGUCAGAAGAUGUGUCAUCAGAGCUGCCAAGCAGAAGGAGAAGGUGUGCUCCUCUCCAUUACAAAGAGCCCAACCUCCGAGACAAGAUGAGAAGAUGAGGUGAAUUUAUAGAUUCUGUUUUUUCUGAAUUCUCAAAGCAUAAGUCAAAACAGAAACACAACUAGGAUCAAGAAGAUGAAACAUUCGAUGAAAAGUUUGGUUUUUUUCCUUUUUGUCCUUUUCAUGGAGUGUGGAUUUGUCCAUUCUUAUUGUUUAGAUAUAUGUGCAUAAAAUAGCUAUUUUGUAAUAUUAAACUUUAAAAAUAAUUUUGGUUAUCACAUAACAUCUUCCUGGUUAUUUAAGCUGCUUUCUACAUAAUGGCCUUUACCAAACAAUAGUUACUAACCUUUUAACCAAAUAAAUUGUAUUAAUAAAUACUUUUGCAUUGGUUA